AUGAAAAGUGAGUGUUUUUUUCAAGGAGCCUGGCAAGUCUGGCACUCUUUUCUUGAGUAAACUAUAAUUUUGUGUAGAAAUCAAAACGAGAAAAAUUGCCUGGAUUUUAUUGUCGAUUUUUGUCACAAUUACUUGGAUUUUUCUGUGCGAUUUUGAAGGUUGGUAUUUUUUUUUUGAAAAAAAAAAGAUUAAAAUAAAACUAUACAGACUCCGAUUACCUUUCCGAUCCGCCAUGCAACAAAUCGAUCAAAAUCUUCACAGCCACUGGAUUUUUCGGCCAAAAAAUUUAUCCAAGGUUUUUAUCGCAUUGCUCAGAAGAAAUUCGGAAUUAUUGUGGAAUCACGAGAAGAAAACCUGAUUUUGAGAAAGCUGACGCGGUUGUUUUUCAUGCCAGAGAUUAUAGUUAUUGGGUAGGAACUUUUUUAAAAACCAAUUUUUUUCGAUCUACGAAUUUUCUAGAAAUCUCGAUGGUUUUUCUCCAACAGAAAUUUCACAAUUCCCUAUAUAAUUUGGACCAUGGAAUCUCCGAUUUCCGAGCAAAAUUUUCCAAGUUCUAUGAACUUGACAAUGUCCUAUGAUAGAAAUUCGGAUAUACAUUUUCCUUAUGGAAAUUUUCGACGACAUCAGAAAUCUGGUGAAAAUUUGGAGGAAAUUUGGAAAAUGAAAAGAAAAUCGGCUGAAAGUGGAGCUGAAAUUGCAUGGAUGGUUUCGAAUUGUGAGACAGAAAAUCGAAGGAUGGAAAUUGUACAGAAAUUGAUGAAAUUGGGAUUGAAGGUUAGUAGUUUUGAAACAUCUGAAUAUUCUACAAAAACAACAUUUUCAGAUCGAUAUUUUUGGAAAAUGCGGAAUUCCCCCCAAGAAAUGUUCGAUCUCAGAAGCCACUUCAAAAUGUGAAUUCGAUCUAAUUUCUCCCUACAAAUUCUACAUUUCAAUUGAAAAUUCGAAUUGCAAAGAUUAUAUAACUGAAAAAUUUUGGAGAAAUAUCAGAAAUCGAUUUGUUGUUCCAAUUGUUUUGGGUAAACAAUUAUAUUUGAAUGCUGGAAUUCCGGAAAAAUCUUUUAUUGCUUUGGAUGAUUUUGAAAAUCUUGAAAGAUUCAAGAAUUUUAUAGAAGAUAUGGCUGAAAACAAGACGAAAUAUCUGGAAUUUCAUGAAUGGAGAAAUGAAUUUGAGUGAGUAGAGUGUAGCCCGAAGACUUCCGCAAAAUCUGAACUUUUCCAGAAUUGACGAUGUUCUUGGCGAAGGUAGUGAUAAUCAUGGAUUUUGCAAAUUGUGUCAAGAUUUGAGAUCUAAAAAAUAUUCAAAAUCUUAUUCAAAACCAGUUGAAAAUUGGCAUAAAUUAGAAGACUGUGAUUAUAAAUUAGGAUAUCGAUUUUUGGAUGAUUAUUGA